AUGGAAUCCUCCAACGUGCAGAAGGCUGAUCAUCCUGCUUUAGAGGAAUCGGUAGAAGGGAGCCCAUCAGAUCUUCCUGAAGUUGAAUUUCUUGAUGAAAGUUCAGUUGAUGAAUCUGGAAAAGAAAAUGAACCAAUGAGGAAUUGUGAGAAAUUAGAUGCUGAGGGUGGACAAUCAUCUGGACAUUCGCACAGAGAAGGAAAAUUCAUCGACCGCACCUUGUGGGUCUGUGGAUCCUCCCUCACUGUGGGACUCGUCGAGAACCCCGAGUCUCAUCCUGCCGAGCCCGAGCUCAUUCUAGCCAUACCUGGUCUUCACAUUUUGGUCCAGCCCAUUCUCAACAUCCUGCCAGAACCCUUGUAUCCAGCCAAGCCUCGCAUCAGUCCUUCAGAGCCUUCACCGCUGGUCCCGUCCAGCACAGAGCCUUCACCACUGUGUGAUUACAGAGAUGAAGCAGAUAAUGGCAAAGGAUCUAGAACAUCGAUAUAUGGAUGUGAGACCAGUUCUUUAGCAUCUGCGUUAGAUCCCAGAUUCAAAAAGCUGCCUUUUUUAAGUGAAGAGGAAAGAGAUGCAACCUUCCAGUUUCUCAUCCAUGAGGCUGCAGAAUUGAUGAUCCAGAAAAAUGACACAGUGUCACAGGUUGAAAAUGCAACGGCUCACUCAUCUGCUGACAAAACUUCUGAUGAUGAUGAUGAUGAUGAUGGCGACCCUGAAAUGAUGCCAGUGUUCCAGGCUGAAACCACUGAAGAAGAACAUGUUCCUCCUUUCAAGAAGUCAAAACCCUUUGAAGAUCUGUUUGGUGACACAUUCUGCACUGCUGACCCUAGCCAGACUGUCAAGACCCCUAAAGAGCUGGCCCAUGCUGAAGUUGUUAAGUACAGAGACACUGCAUCUUUGAACUUGGGGGGUAAGGUGUUGGAAUGGUGGAAAAGUCAUCAAACUGAGUUUCCCCUCCUGGCAAACCUUGCCAAAACAUACAUGUGCAUUCCUGGUACCAGUGUACCGUCUGAGCGCGUGUUUAGCACGGCAGGUGACAUUGUCAAUUCAGAACGCAGUGUCCUCUCUCCUGAACACGUUGAUCAGUUGAUUUUUUUAAAGAAAAACCUCUCAAAAGAGACCACUGCACUGUAGCACUUGUUUGAUUCAUAGAUCUUAUGUUGUGUGAAAGAUCAAAUGUCAGAUAAGUUUAAGUUUUAUUUUUGUAUUUUUUAUAUCAGUUUGUUUUAUUUCAUUUGGUUAUUUAACUAACUAGAGAACCUCAGUUAUUUGCACUAUUUGCACCUCAGGUACUAUUGCACAUGUUGGCACAAAAGACUGGAAGGCUUUAUUGACCAUUAUAAGCUUGAUUGAUUUUUAUCAAUCUCCCCUCCAUUAUUUAUUUUUAUUUUUGUUGUGUUGUUGUAAAUGUCCCAAUUGGGAAAGAGGGUGCAAUUUUCGAAGUGUUUAAUUAAACAUUCAUGUUAUAUAUCUUUUGGUUGCAUUUGUGAGUUAAUAGAAAUGAAACUGGUUGUGUGAAGUGGCGCAUAAUAUCUAAAUAUCGAUUAAUUGAUCGAUAUAGCAAUGAAUCGAAUCGAAUCGAAUCGUAUCAAAAAAAUUUUUGAAGGAUCGGCAAAUAUCGU